AUGGAGGAUUACCAGCAGAAAACAGCAGAAAUAUUUAAUGAGCAACAUGAGAACACUAAAUUUCGGGAAACUGGGUCAGUCGCCAAUAAAGAACGCAACAUUGAAAAUCCCAUAAGGAACGAAGCAAUAGAAGUGGGGGUUUUAGGGCAAGUUUAUGUAGAUCCUACGUUAAGUACCCGCAAAUUAGAGACUGUCUGUGGUGUUAGUCGACGUACUGUCCAACGGAUUCUAAAGGCCCAUAGUUUUCAUCCGUAUAAAAUUCACCUGGUACAAGAACAUAAUGAAGACGAUUUUGAUCGGCGAUUACAAUUUUGUGAAGAUAUGAACGCCAUAGAUCCUGCAUUAACAGCCAUAAUUGAAAAUCAGAAUGAUCGACGUUUCCAGAUCGAUGGAUUGGUAGAAGAGGUGCCAGAUUUAUCACCUUUGGAUUUCUUUAUGUGGGGUCAUUUAAAAAGCAAAAUCUAUGCUACUCAGACAACAUCAUUAGAAGACCUGCCACAAAGAAUUGUGAAUGAGUGCCUUCAAAUUACUCCUCACAGCUCACACGAAUCAUCUGUAAACUACGACCGUGAGCUGGAUGCUAUUCUGGAAAGGUACGAAGAAGCGGCCAAGAACGAGGACCAUUAUCUGCUGUACACGCAGUUUCCAAAUGGAUCAUACCAAAUUGGAUGCGGUCUAAGCCCAGCGAGAUCAUUUACUCCUGCUGUAAUUGUGUGGAACUCAUCACGGUUGAAACUAUCUUUCAGUUCCUAUGAGUGGGAACAAUUAAUCACCCAGCUCAAUGUGGUAACGGUGAAGGAGACGGAGGAGCAGGAGGAGGAGAAGAACCUUCCUGACAAGUAUGAUCCUGUCGAAAUCGAGUGCGGUGACUAUUGCAGAAUUCGACGACUAAUCUAUGAUAGUACGAAAAUUCUCGAAAUAACCAAGCACAACAUUAGUUUCUACCUCUCAGAAAUGGACGUGAACGCUCUUUUAGAAGCAAAUAAUGAACUUUUAGUACCGUAUAUGUCUAUGCUAGAAACUGUUGAAUUUCCAAGCUAUUAUUAUAAUGCGCUUAAGAUUGUUCGAGCUAGUUUUAAUGAUCAAAAUUAUACGUUUUCAGAUGCUAUUCAAAAAUUGUAUACAUUUAAGCUCGUAGGCUGUACUUUACAACAUAUAGCGUUAGGACAACAUAUAUUUUUCUAUAGACAUAGGAUCGCUAAUGAUCUUGAACGAUUUUAA